UAUGUUUCAGAGGUGAAAUGACUGGUAUCGGGGGAAAAAUGGCAAAAGAUUAACAGAUCUUGUUCGACGCGAUGAGGAAACUAAACAAUACAAUUCGGGAAAAAAUCGAAACGUCAAAGUUGUCAGCAAAACCUCGAAAUCGUCGAUGCAUCCAAAAAUUGGCGGCCAAUCUUGACGAUGUGGACGAGUUCCCUCUUCAGAUUCUAGAGCUGGUCCCAGGACGACGAAAAAAGAUACACGUUCGUCCAAGGGUUAAGAAAAAGGACGAAUCUGAAGUUUACACUUGCCCGGACGAAUUUCAUCCGGCCAACGACGGCGGGGAACCAAAAAUUGGUAAAGAGUUUAUAAUUCGUCUUUUUCGUCCGGCGGACCUUCUAUCUAAGGAGAGAAAAGAAACUCGGCGGAAUUAUUAUGAUCUUAAACUGAACCAACUCCGUGGAUUGAAGCGGUUAAAAACUAAGAUAUCUGUAAAAUCUAGGAGAAAUUAUAACAACAAUAGUCCUAAGUCGACUUUCGUCAAAACCUGGCGGGGCCGACGAUCCAUUAGUCAGCAAUCAUCUAGUCAUACAGUAGAGGGUCGGCGAUCCUCAGAGGUGCAAGAGCUUAUCAGAAAUACAGGUACCCCUAAGAAAAGGAACUCUAGGAAUCAAUGCACGACACCUCGUAAAUCCUCAAGUUUUCGUGCCUCUGACCAAACACCUUUUUCCUCUCCACCAAGGAGAAUCCGGAAGGAGGUAUGGAUUAGGAAGGAACAAAGUAAGGUGAGGAGGAGCCUAGAAUUCCCUGUUGAGGAGUUACUCUUGCAGGAGGUGGACAGCAUUCCAACCGGAAAUAGGAGAUCUGAUGUUGAAAGAAGAAUGAGGGUUCCAUCAGUACAAUCUCGACCUUACAACCUUGAAGAUCUCUCUUGGAACUCCUCCCACACAUCUAAUGAAGAGGUGAGUCCUUUUAAAUACCGCGUGCGUAGUGUAAGAAGAGCAAAUAUUUCUUAAAAGUUUAAUCUGAAC